AUGGAUGAUGUUACAAUUGAAGACGAAUUUGAAUUAAAUGAAGAUAAAUUAUCUCAAUCAGAAAGUGAAUUUUCUCUUCGAAAAUCAUUUUCGAUAUUUCAAAUACUGAGUCAACCAUGGAUCAUAUUUCUACUAUUAUCAAUCAUUAUUCUUGUUAUUAUUUAUAUGAAUAGAAAUCGACGACGCUAUAGAAAUCUAAUGGUUGAUUCCAAUUACAUUCAACAUGAAACAAAUGAACAAAAAGAUUCACGUAGAUAUUUAAUGUUUUUUCUUUUUUCUAAAAAUCUAAAAAUUGAUUUAAUUCGUAUAGAUGAUCGAUUCAAUCGAUAUGAUGAUAUGGAACGUAUUCGACAAAAACAACAAAAAGCUUAUGAAGAACAAGCUCUACGUUGUGCUCAACAAAAAAAAGCUAAAAUCGAAAGUGCGAAAACAUCAGCAGAUGAAAAUUCUAGUCGAACAAAAUAUCGAUCAAGUGAUUAUAAUCCAUUAACCGGACAAUCGAAUCGUGGAUCCUCUGAUUCAUGUUCAGGGCGUCCAUCUUCUCGUCGAAAGCCAGCCGGAGGAUGA